UACCUGUACCCCCGGAGUCACGGAUCACCGCGCCCCGCGGUAUAAAUCCACACGCAGUGCGCGGCGGCUGGGAGAAUUGGACCGGAGCUGUGUACUGUACAGGCGGGCCCCAAGCGUACCUCCUCCCGCGGACCUACACCUGUACCCCCGGAGUCACGGAUCACUGCACCCCUCCGUAUAAGUCGACACGCAGUGCGCGGCGGCUGGGAGAGUUAGACCGGAGCUGUGUACUGUACAGGCGGGCCCCAAACGCACCCCGUCCCGCGGACCUACAAACAACCGUACGUAUACUGUCGGACACUGAGUUAUCACAUACGCGCUGAGAGCCGAACAGGAAGAUGAAGCUUGUCCUGUCCCUCGUCGUUCUGUGCCUGGCGGGCGCCUUUGCCAAGUCAGUCCAGGACUUGCAGUCGGAGCUUCUGCAGGCGAUCCGAGAGAUGAUAGAGGAUCCGCCGCAGGGCGAAGACAGCACCAUAGACCCCAUGCUUCCUUCCCCGGAAGAAGAAGAAGAAGAAGCACCACCGGGCGAGGACAACAUCUUAGACCCCAUGCCUCCUUCCUCGGAAGAAGAAGGAGCACCACCAAGUGAGGACAACACCAUAGGCCCCAUGCCUCCCAACACGGAAGAAGAAGAAGAAGAAGAAACACCAAGUGAGGACAUGGGGCAGGAACCUUUGCCUGCCUACCCGGAUGGAGAAGAAUCCGACGCAGCAGAAGACAUGGGCCCUUCCCUGACUGACGGAGAAGAAGAAGAAGAAGGAGACCCACCAGACAAGAAAACAGUCCAGGACUUGGAGUCAGAGCUUCUGCACGCGAUCCGACAGAUGAUAGAAGAUCCUGAAACUCUCCAGGCUGGCAGGGAAGUGAAAAGUAACAAGGUGCAAGACGUCACCAUGAAAGUGACCUACAAGGGCGAGGAGUCCGAAGAGAAGGUGAGUUUCGAUGACGUCACCGGAAGUGAGACCAUCCUGGUGUCCGCUCGAAGCGACAUGGAAGAGGCCAACAUCCGGCACUGCUUCAAUGAGGGCCUGUCACUGGAGUGCUUCCCAGGAAACUCCAAGUGCUACCUGCUGAGCAUCGCCAGCGAAGGCGAGCCAGACCUGCAACAGCAGAAAGAAGACAUGGCCAAGUUUCUGGAAGAAUCCCCAUCGGGCAGUGUGAGCGCCGACGACGUCCCCGAGGUCACGAUCAACUGGGUGGAGAAGGAGAAAGUUUCCCGGGAGGACAUGCCCGCCUGUCUGGCCGACUUCCAGCCCGACUUCGCCGUCUUCUCCGCCGUGAAGGCCCCGGCGGACGAGGGGACCGUCACCGACGACAGGGGAGACGCCGGACAGGGGAAGCGGUACGUGUCCGGUGGAGGCGGGUCCCAGCAGUGUGCGCGCGGCGCAUGCCCAAUCAGGAAGCAAGUGCAGAAACAGGGAAACUGUUACUACAGCUGUUAUAGGUGGGUCUGUAACUACUUCUCCACGGAGUGCGUGUGCUGUCCUGAGGUGACCCGGGCCUCCCAGUGUCUGAUCUGCCGGGACUAGUCAGAAUCGGAGGCUACAGUCCGCGAACAAUGUGGAAUCAAGAUCAAGAGAAACACAGUCCGCCUCUUGACCCUCGUGGUCAUGGAAUACAUAUACAUAGAAUGAAUCUAGAUAAGGUUAAAGUUCUUUUUACACAACCGACAGCACAAACCCUGUUCUGUCACGUUUGGGACGGCAUUAUUGUUGCCGCUGCGCCACCAUGCGGCCAGGAGUGCCCUGCUGAAGGCAGCUGACAAGUUGUAAACCAUUUUGGGCUGUGUUGAAGGAACUUUAUUUUCAAAUGUGACACAAAUCUAAUUAAGCUAUGCAUUCAAUGGAAGUAAAAGUAUUCUAUACUCUUAAAGAUUCUCUGUUGAUCAGUUCGCACCUGCUGUUAGAAUCAGACCAAAAGUUACAUUAAACUCUCAAUACACUCUCAAUACUUCAGGCGUAAAGGCGAUUCCUGCAUCUCGUAAACUAGUUGUAAAUAUCCAGUGCAAUUUAUUCACUAUCUAUUGUGAAAGAUUCGCAAAUCGUGAAAGUUGAGAAAGAGAUGAAAUUAGUUUUAAACUUUACUGCCUUGUUAUCUUUACUGUCGUACAAAGUUUUAUGAAUUAAAUGCACCGUUACUACUUAUGGAGUGAUGAGUUACACAUGACUACUACUAUAUUGCUGUUCACCGAUUCACACGUAACACUUUUUCAAUACAUCUGCCGGAAUUCGACCACACGAAGUGGUCUCAGAGUGUGCUUUGGCUUUGCAGGAGCAAUAAAGAUUAUCUCUCGAA